AUUCAGACAGUAUGGCGCCUCCCUGUCUUUCAUUGAUCCACCAGAUUGAACAGGGAAAUCCCUGGCUCUUAACAUCAUGGGCCUAAUCAGGACUUGAUGGCGCUGGACGGUACUUCUUUCUUCUAUGCUGCCUCGUUGAGGCUCGCCAGGUCAUUAGCCAAGCUCUCUCCUGCACCCUGGGACAAGGUUGAGAGUGGACUCCUCAGUCGAUGUCCCCGAGAAAACCAGCAUGGAACUUCCAUCACUCAGAGGGGACAAGAUGCUGUUGUUGCAUUAGGCAUAUAUUUUCUGGAAUCUAGCCUUCAACAUAGAGACAAGAUCAUUCCGUAUCUUUUGGAACUCCUUCAACUCCUACCAAAAGCCACUUGGAAAGAUGAAGUCAAGUAUUAUCCAUCUGAUAGGAUUCCAGUGGUUGAAAGGUUCAGCUUUUGCCUCAAUACACUUUUGAGUGAUGUGGCAGCAAGAUGUGAGGAUUGGAGGGAAAAGAUCAUUGAUGCACAGAUUGAAGGAUUAGCUACAUACUGCAAUGCAAUUGCUUCUGCCAUGUCUCCCUCACCAGCCAUGAAGAUGAUGCCAGCCAAAGUAUCACUGUGCAAGGUGACAGUUCCAUUGCUACUGGGCCUGUGUCGUUCCAUGGGUCGAGGAUGUGGGACUGAAUCCCCCCUCCUAUGUCACCUUUUCCCCCCUCCUCCUCUCACUUCCACUUUCCCUUCACCUGAGGCCUUGGCUGCUCUACCUCUUCGGAAAGAUUCCCGCAAGCCCUCCAAUCUCCCCAGUUUUGGGAAGUUUCGACCAAUCAUCCCACGCAGUCUCUCUGGGAAUUUCCCUCCUUACGACAUACCAUCUAUUGCAACUUCUGAAUCUGGUACUCAAGUGAGGACAUUUACAAGGUCAUCAGCAGCAGAACUGGAACAUCCCAGGGCGUCUAACAUCCAGACAUAUUUCUUUCAUCGCUAUGGCUCUAGCUUUCAAGGUGUAGCAUCAGAAACUUCAAGUCCUCUACGACUUACACUAGCUCAACUGAAGGCUGUGCUAACAAUGGCAAAGCGACUGCUCACCCGGGACCUUCUGCACUUUCUUGAUGACCAAGCAUUGGAUGUUUACACAUCAGGACAGGUCAAGAUCUUUCCUUACAAGAGUCUGAAAGAAACUGUGAAUCUUGUUAUCAUCUCACUUCUCCGGGAACUCCUGCAGAGACAGAAAGACUUGCCAGAGCCCUUCACACGAGAUGUUCAGCAGUUCAUCAAGGGACUGUUCUUGUCUGGCCAAACAGAACUCCAAGGUCGACAGCAUGAUGCAUCUGAGAAGGAAGAUCAGGAGUCCAACUAUGCCACUGUGAAUAAAUUCAAGGUCAAUGUCCAGGCAAAUGCUGCAUGUGUGGAUCUUCUUGUUUGGGCAAUAGCUGAUGAAAAUGAUUCUCAAACUUUGACUCUGUUAUGUGAUCACUUUGCUGCUGUGAUCAACCACCCAUGGGAUGAAGGUGCAGAUAGUCUAUGCUCACGUCUGACAGAGAAGUUGAAUUUGAGUCAUGGUCAUCGUCUGGUACUGGCACACAUGCCCCUUCUCAUGGUCUGCCUUCAGGGAUUGGGAAAACUUGCCCAGAAGUUCCCCAACAUAGCUCCCACCAGCAUUGCCUGUCUCACAAACUUUCUCGUGCUUCCUUCCCCGGUGCUGCUGAAGCUUCAAAAGCAACAUGCUGCAUCUGGUAUUGCAUCAUCCAACCGACUUACACUUCAAGUACCAGCUGAAGGCUUGGGCCCUUUGUCAUCCAAGGGAUCUACAGCAACUCUGUCUUCAUGCAUCCAGCCUGGAGUGUGUGCAUCAGCCAGUCAAUCUGCAUUUGAGAGACUACGAGAUGCAGCCAUAGAAAACCUCUGCCUGGCCAUCCAGGCUGGGUUGUCUGUGAAUACAGAUCAAGUUCAGGCAUUUCUGGCAUCCAUUGCCAAUCGCCUCUUCACAGCUGAGUCUUCUGAUGUAGAAUCUACUCUGAUCUCAACCAACACAGUUUUGGCUUUGGGUCACGUAGCAGUGACAUUAAAGGAUACUCCAAGGACCCUUGAGAGCAUCUUGCAGUUUUUCAUCCAGCGCUUCUGCCGACCUCCUUCUCAACUCGAUGUCCUCAUCAUUGACCAGCUGGGCUGUAUCAUAAUUUCAAACUGUGAUAUCAAAAUUUACGAGGAAAUCAUGAAAAUGUUCACUCAGAUCACAGUUGAUGCCAGCUCAGCUGCAUAUACCUCGGGGGUGGCAGAAGAUCGCAAGUUGCAGCAUGUGACAUUGGCAGUGAACAAUGCCCUGGCCAAUAUAGCAGCUAGCAUUCAAGGUGAUGGGGAGAUGCUGGAACUGCUUGGUCGACUCCUGGAACUUUUUGUCCAGCUGGGUCUGGAAGCAAAAAGAGUUGCUGAGAAGUCUAACACCCCUCUCAAGGCAUCAAGCAGUGCUGGGAAUUUAGGAGUGCUAUUGCCAGUGAUUGCAGUGCUUGUGAGGAGGCUCCAGCCAAUCAGACAUCCAAAGCCACGUCUUCACAGGCUCUUCAGGGACUUCUGGCUUUACUGUGUCAUCAUGGGAUUCACAAAUGCCAGUCAAUGGCCAACUGAAUGGCAUGAGGCUGUUAAGGACAUUGCAGUCAAAUCUCCCCUUCUCACAUCCCUGUCAGCCCAGAGAUCUGAGAUCAGGGAACUUCAAUACACUUCAGCUCUUCGAUCUGAUAGUGUAGCACCUGCAGAGCUUCAGGAGCUGAAGAAUCAGAUCCUUAGUCUUCUCAAUAACUUUACAUCUGAAGUGAGCCAGGUGAUUAGCAAGCUUACCUUCCCACAGUGUGCUUAUGUUCUCUCAGUACUUCGUCUGGAAACACUAAGAGUGGAGAAUGCAAAAGAGACAAGUUUUCAUCCCAUGUUCGAAUACCUGAGUGACCCAGCCAUCCAGAAGGACAAGACUGGUCUCUGGAAAUGCAUCUCCUGUGUGAGUGACACAGUGUUCCAGACAUUCUUGGAGGUGAUGAGUCGGAAAGCAAAGCGUGAAGCACGUGACAGAGAUCUUGAGACACAUGCCCAGCUCCUAUUGGUCAAUUUCAAUCAUCAUCACCGAGACAUCCGAAGAGCUGCUGACAAGUACCUUGCUGGACUUGUAGACAAGUACUAUAACUUGCUCUUCUCUGAUGCCUUGGACUUGGUUCUAUCUUUAUCCCUGAAUCUGGAUGCCAAUGAAGAGAAUCCAGUGCUGUCCAUCCCCAACACUCCAUACUCUCUUCUCCUCAUGGAUACUCUUGAGGCUCGAGAGGGGAUUGUGAAGGACUUUGCAGCUCGUUGCCAAGGAAUCAUCCAAGAGGCAAUCCGCUGGGCUCCUCAUGUCACUCGCUCCCACCUCCAAGAGUACAUCACACCAUCACGGGAAGUUGCCCUUGCUCAUGUUGACAUGCGUGGGAGUAUCCUUACCACUAAUCUCAAUCACAAGACUAGUGUCCCUGGACUGCCCCAGGGUACAAUUCGACCCCAUGCCGGCUUGGCACUUGCCACAGAGAGUGUCCUUGCUUCUGCUGGACUCAACACAACCUCUGAAGCUCUCUCUCAAAGUGCAUUAGAAAAGCGACCAAACUGUGUCAAGAACAACACUGCAUCCUUCAUUGCAACAAUGACCCUGCGAAGUCGUUAUGCAGGAGAGAUUCUAGGUAUCCUCUUGGCAGUUGCAAAUGAGAAGGGUCGUAUGAAUGUGAUCCAUAGCUUGAUAGCAGCUUUGAAGGCAGCUUGCAUUCAGGGGAAUAAGGCAAGACAUGAAGAAACCCUGUGGAGGGCCACUGCCAUGAUCAUUGCUCAUGAUCAGGUGCAUCGUGGGCUGUUGUAUGCUGUCUGCUCAUCAUUAGUUGACUUCUUCACUGUGAGUGCAGCUGAAUGCUCAGUUCAUUGCUGGACUUGGCUUCUUUCUGCAAGACCAGAUCUAGAGCAGGUGUUCCUUCAGGAAAUGAUUACUGCUUGGCAUGCAAGUGUCUCUAGGGGCUUGGGGCUUUUCACACCAGUCAAGGCCAGUCCUAGCCCCAUGGCUACAUCAGAAGAUAUCAUUUUGAAACCUGAUCCUCCUUAUGUCACUCCUCAUCGCAUCUGGAUCAAGUUCCUGUGUGAACGAAUUGAGAUGGUGAAAUACUACAGCCAGGAUCAAGUGGAAAUUUUUGCCAAAAUGCUUCAUCGCACCUUACAUACCUUUGAAGGAUCCUUCAAUUCCCACCAGAACCGACAUGUUGCAUGUGUUGGACCCCGCUUCAGCCUGCUAUCAGCUGGCCUUUCACUCUUACAAGGAGACAUCUUACCAAGGAGCAUCUGUAAAAAUGCCCUACGGGAACGGGUUUAUUAUGCUGCCCUAGAUUACUUCUGUGAACCAAUGCAAUGCCCUACACCUGAGCAGAAAGGGGGGAGGUUGCGUGAAGAUGUCCUCGUUUUGAUCCGCUUCUGGCAGGCAAUGCAUUCUGACAAGAAAUAUCUCAAAACCUCCUUGAUUGCUGACUUUGAGAUGGGAGGGAUGGGUGUGGGUGCACGUGGCAGUUCUGCAUCUCGCAUCGGGGGAGGUGGAUCCUUGGGUGGAAAUCCAUCAUGGAGCUCUGGUUGGAUCAACACUGUCCCAUCAUAUGCACCUACCUCAUUGUCUCGAAAGUCUGGUGGAAAAACUAGUCGAUCUGGGAAAGGGCCUGCAGGACAAGCAGCUGAUGCUUUUGUCAAGGAUUAUCUCAAGAAACGCAAUCUCAUUCUAUCACUUUUAGCUGUGGAAAUUGAAUGGCUGAUAACAUGGCACAAUCCAUUGGGGCUGGUAGAGCAAAAUAUCCCAGGCCAGGAAAGCAUCUCAACAUGGAGGAGCAACCCAGUGACUGAGAAGACAUGGAAGGAAUACGUCCACAUGGCUUGGGAAGUCAACCCAGCCCUCGCUGUCUUCUUGUCAUCCAGGUUUAAGCCUCACAGCGAAGUGAUCGAUAGGGAGGUGAGACGUCUUGUCCGAGGGAAUCCCAUUUUGGUGUCUCACAUCCCAGAGGCACUCCAGUAUCUUGUCACAGCUGAUUCUAUCGUCAAUGAUUAUCCUGAGCUGAGCUACCUGCUGACAUGGUCAAGAUCAGUUCCUAUCCGAGCAAUCAGUUUCUUCUCUCGUCAAUACCCUCCACACCCCAUCACAGCUCAGUAUGCUGUGAGGGUCCUGUCCACAUAUCCUCCAUCCACAAUGAUGUUUUAUAUAGCUCAACUUGUCCAGGCUCUUCGAUAUGACACUAUGGGAUUUGUUGCCCAGUAUUUAUUGUCUGCAGCUGCUUCCUCUCAACUAAUCUGUCAUCAAUUGAUCUGGAACAUGCAAACCAACAUGUACUCAGAUGAAGAGGGGACAGUGAAAGAUGUGGAUCUGUAUGAUCUUCUCAACCAUUUGAUCCAAGAGAUAGUGGAUAAUUCAUCUGGAGAUGCACGACAAUUUUAUGAGAGGGAGUUUGAUUUCUUCAAUCGCAUCACCUCCAUCUCAGGACAGAUCAAGCAAUACCCUAAAGGCCCAGAGAGGAAGAAGGCAUGCCUUGAAGCUCUGUCAAAAGUAGAGGUCCAACCAGGCUGUUAUUUGCCAUCUAACCCAGAAGCCAUAGUCCUUGACAUUGACUAUAAGUCAGCCACUCCCAUGCAAAGUGCUGCCAAGGCUCCAUUUCUGGCACGAUUCAGAGUGAGACCAUGUGGGAUUGGAGAGCUGGAAUAUGCAGGAAUGCAUGCAGGUGAACUACGGGUCCCUCCAGCAAAGCCAGACUACUGGCAGGCUGCCAUCUUCAAGGUUGCUGAUGAUCUGCGACAGGAUGUCCUUGCCCUUCAGAUAAUUGCUCUACUAAAAAAUGUCCUGCAAAAGGUGGGAUUGGACUUGUUUCUCUUCCCAUACCGUGUGGUGGCAACUGGUCCAGGCUGUGGAGUUAUUGAAUGUGUACCAAAUGCAAAAUCUCGUGAUCAACUUGGAAGGCAAACUGACAUUUCCAUGUAUGACUACUUCCUCAAGAAAUAUGGUGAAGAGAGCAGCAAGGAGUUUCAGCGUGCCAGGCGAAAUUUCAUUAAGAGCAUGGCAGCCUACAGUGUGAUUGGCUAUCUCUUGCAAAUCAAGGAUCGCCAUAAUGGAAACAUCAUGCUAGAUGCUGAUGGUCACAUCAUACACAUUGACUUUGGCUUCAUGUUUGAGAGCAGCCCAGGAGGGAACUUGGGGUUUGAACCAGAUAUCAAGCUCACAGAUGAGAUGGUGAAGAUCAUGGGGGAUAAGAUGGAAGCAGCCCCAUUCCGUUGGUUCAUGGAACUCUGCAUCCAGAUGUAUCUCGCUGUCAGGCCUUACAGUGAGGACAUCAUCUCCCUGGUGAGUCUGAUGCUGGAUACAGGACUGCCGUGUUUCCGAGGCCAGACCAUCAAGCAACUUCGGGCUAGGUUCAAUCCCAAUAUGUCCGAACGAGAGGCAGCCGUUCACAUGAUCCAAGUGAUCCGGAGCUCCUUCCUCAGCAUCCGAACUCGCACCUACGAUAUGCUUCAGUUCUAUCAGAACCAGAUUCCUUAUUAGAGAUCUACCUAGUCAUUAGACUUCAGCCAUUCCAUGUGCAUCAUCUCACGAUUGUGAAGUAUGUAUUGUGAUCAUUUAUAUAUACCGGUAUUCAACUAUUGAGCAAAUGAGCUCCUGUUACCUUUACCAUGAGAAUUAUAAAUAAAUAUUGACG